AUGGGCAAGAAAUCAUCCAAGACGCAAUCCAAGGAGGAGAGCCAGCCGGCCACCGGUGGCCUCCCAUUCAUCAGCGGUAGCGCAUCUUUGGACCCAACAUUGUCCUCGCUCUUCGCGGCAAGCUCUGGACCUGUCCAAGCACCGGCGGUGAAGUACAGCAAUGCUGCUGCAGGCAAGCCCUCCAAAAAGACCAAAAAGGCCGACAAGGUCGAGGCCGCCGAGGAGGAUGAUGAAGUGAUGGAAGAUGCUUCCGAGGAGAGCGAAUCUGAUUCCGCAGAGGAGAAGGCAGAGGAAACACAAGGCCGCAAGCGAAAGCGUGGUCCCGCGGAGGAAGUCGAAGAAACCUACAUGCGCCGCCUCGCCAAAGAGGAGGAAAAAGACGAGGAAAAGCGCAAAGCCGAGUAUGCCAAGCGUCAGAAGCCCGAUGAGGACUCCGACAACAGCGAAAAAUCCGACGACGAGGAGGAAGAGAGCAAGGAAAAGGACAGUGACGACGAGGAGAAGAGUGCUCCGCCUCCAGUUCACGAGAGCGUAUCUGGCAACGCUAAGGCCAGCGAAGUUGAAAAGUCCAGCCGAACUGUCUUCCUGGGCAACGUUUCCACCGAAGCUAUCAAAUCCAAAACAGCCAAGAAGACUCUCCUCCGCCAUCUGGCCUCCCACUUAUCCAGCCUGCCCGAGUCCAGCGGCCCACACAAGGUCGAGUCGAUCCGAUUCCGCUCCGUCCCAUUCGCCAGCGGUGGUGGUCUCCCCAAGCGCGCAUCUUUCGCCAGACGGGAGAUCCUCGACGAGACCACGCCCAGCACUAACGCCUACGCCGUCUACACCACCAUCCAAGGCGCGCGCAAGGCCCCCGCCGCCCUAAACGGAACCGUCGUCCUGGACCGCCACAUCCGCGUCGACAGCAUCGCCCACCCGGCUGAGAUCGACAACAAGCGCUGCGUCUUCGUGGGUAACCUCGACUUCGUCGACCAGGAGGGUAUCACCGAGGACCACAAUGGCAAGAAGAAGAAGGCGCGCGCAUCCGCCGAUAUCGAGGAGGGUCUCUGGCGGAUCUUCAACCAGCACACAGGCGACACCAAGGACAAGAAGACAGUGAAGAAGAACGUUGAAUUCGUCCGCGUGAUUCGUGACCGCGCCACUCGCGUCGGCAAGGGCUUCGCCUACGUCCAAUUCUUCGACGCGAACAACGUCGAGGCCGCUCUCCUCCUGAACGAGAAGAACUACCCGCCGAUGCUGCCGCGCAAACUGCGCGUCACUCGUGCGCGCAAGAUGGCCAAGAAGCAGGAUGAUGAUGGCGGCAAGAAUGGUCGUCGCGGUGAUCUUGCUCAGAAGACGCUUCAGGGUCGUGCUAACAAGCUACUUGGUCGCGCUGGUGCAGCUAAGAUCAAGGAGGCUGGCAAAGGGGGUAUUGCUGGUAACUCGAUGGUUUUCGAGGGUCACCGUGCUACCGAGGCUGGAAAUAGCAUGAAGGUCAAGGUUAAGAGCCGUGGAUCGAAGGGUAAGCCCAAGGGUCGGGGCAGCAAGCGUGCUGCGGCCUACCGUGCUGCCGGUGGUCAGAAGCCAUGA